AUGACAUGCGGUUUAGUAAGGAUUAGAUUAGCUAGAUUUGGGAGAACAAAUAAUCCAAUAUAUAACAUUGUGGUGACAAAUUCUAAGAAAGCAAGAGAUGCAAAACCGAUAGAGGUACUUGGGGUAUACAAUCCUAUUCCAGUGAAAAAUAACAAGAAAUCAAAACAAAAAGAUAAUGUUGCUGUGCAACUAAAGAAUGUUGAACUUGAUUUUGAUAGGGCAAAAUAUUGGAUUGGUGUUGGUGCACAACCAAGUGAUAUCGUCACAAAAUUAUUUAUUAAGUCAAACAUACUAGGAACAGAAUGGUCAAAAAGGGCUGCUUUGGAUAGGAAAGUUGUCAUCCCAAUGAGAAAAACUAUGGAAUAG